CAUAAUUGCAUAAUUACUAUAUCUCCUCUCUCUUCCUUCUCAUUAAAGAGAAGUUUCUCUUUGUUCAAGAGUAAUUGCCUAUUUUUAGCACAAAUUAAAAUGGGAGGAGGAACUUCUCCUUGUGCUUCCUGCAAAUUAUUAAGGCGUCGUUGUGCCAAAGACUGCAUAUUUGCUCCUUACUUCCCUCCAGAUGACCCUCACAAGUUUGCCAUUGUUCAUAAGGUUUUUGGUGCUAGCAAUAUUAGCAAGAUGAUACAGGAACUUCCAGUACAGCAAAGAGCAGAUGCAGUAAACAGUUUAGUGUAUGAAGCAAAUGCAAGAAUGAGAGAUCCUGUUUACGGUUGUGUUGGUGCCAUCUCUUAUUUACAAAAUCAGGUUUCACAGUUAGAAAUGCAACUGGCUAUGGCCCAAACAGAGAUAUUAUGCAUCCAAAUGCAGCAAGAAUCUGCUCCUAAUUUGCCUGCAAUUCAAAUGGAACAAUAUGAUGGUUCAACUCCUCAAGCACUGAGUUUUGGCAGCCCUAAUUACUUAGUGGCGGAACAAGAAUUUAGACGUUGUGGGUUCUGAGUUGAGAAAAUAGGUUCUGAAAUGUUUAUGACUGGAUCUUUUGUUUUUGGCACGUAUAUAUAUGGUUCAACCUCUCAACUACUGAGUUUUGUCGAACCUGCGAAUCCAUAUUAUUGGAUCUACCACUUGCCUUACUUGUUCA